AUGGCGAGUGCUCAGCCGGGGGUCCAUGCAUUGAAACUCCAGCCUCCCUCCGUCUCUCAAACGCUGAGGAAUGGAAGCAACUUCAUUAAAUGGGACGAGGAUCUGUCCACCGUGACGCCGGUGACUCUUCACGUGGAUCCACAUGGAUUUUACCUCUACUGGACCGACCAAAACAAGGAGACAGAGUUGUUGGACCUGAACAUCGUAAAAGAUGUCAGAACGGGGAGAAGCACCAAAACACCAAAGGAGGCCAAGCUGCGGGAGCUGCUGGAUGUGGGGAACCUGGUUGGCCGGCUUGAGAACCGCAUGGUUACCGUGGUUACGGCCUCAGACCUUGUGAACGUCAACCAGCUCAACUUCAUCGCUUCGCAGGAGGACGAAGCCAAGGUGUGGUGUGAGGAACUAUUUUCUCUGUCUUCCAACCUUCUGAGCCUCAAUCUCAACAGAGACCACAGUCUGUUGAAAGCGUACAUCCGGUUAACUCUCCAGCCGAAUUCAGAGGGGAGAAUUCCUGUCAAGAACAUUGUUCGACUGUUUUCAUCGGACAGAAAGAGAGUAGAGAACGCCCUGGAGAACUGCAAACUGCCCUACGGACGGGGAGAAAGCAUCAAACUGGAGGAUUUCACACUCGAGGUCUACAGGAGCUUUUUGGACAGUCUGUGUCCUCGUCAUGAGCUCAGCAACAUCUUCAAACUGCAAGGAUGGGGCGACGGGACGCUGUCACUCGAUCAGAUGACAGAGUUCAUCAACAACAAGCAGAGAGACCCGAGGCUCAAUGAAAUCCUCUACCCGCCUCUCCGUCCGGCUCAGACACUCGCUCUGAUGGAGAGGUACCAACAAGACCAGGCACAGCUGAAGCAAGGCGUCAUCACUCUCCAGGCGUUGUCCAGUUAUCUGUCCAGUGACGAGAACGGAGUCAUCCCACCAGAAAAACUGGAUCAGUCUGAAGACAUGAGCUACCCGCUGUCUCACUACAUCAUCAACUCCUCCCAUAAUACCUACCUGACAGCGGGCCAGCUGGCGGGGAGCUCCUCGGUGGAGAUGUACAGACAGGUUCUUCUGGCCGGGUGCCGCUGUGUGGAGUUAGAUGUGUGGAAAGGACGAACCGCUGAGGAGGAACCCGUCAUCACACACGGGUUCACCAUGACGUCGGAAAUCCCAUUUAAGGAAGUGAUUGAAGCUAUUGCAGAGUGUGCCUUCAAGACGUCACCUUUUCCUGUCAUACUCUCCUUUGAAAACCACGUGGACUCUUUGAAGCAGCAGGCUAAAAUGGCUGAAUAUUGUCAAUCUAUUUUUGGAGAUGCUCUGUUGAUUGACCCUCUGGACAAAUACCCUCUGGAGUCUGGGGUCCCCCUGCCCAGUCCUCAGGAGCUGAUGGGCAAAAUCAUCAUCAAGAACAAGAAAUCCCACAAACCCUCCACUAACACGGACACCAAAAGACUGACGGACCAACCUGCCAAUCAGAGCAACGAACCAGUGUCUCCUAGCAACAACACAGGAGAGAUCGAGGCUGAGAGUGAGGAAGAUGAUGAUGAUGAAGAUGAUGAUGGUAAAAAGGUCAGUGCAGAAGCGGAGGCCGUGGCUACAGAGGAAAUGUCAACUCUGGUGAACUAUGUCCAGCCAACCAAGUUCACCUCCUUUGAAACAUCCAAGAAGGCAGCCCGCUGUUACAACAUGUCGUCUUUUGUGGAGACCAAAGCUUUGGAGCACCUCACAAAGUCACCAGUGGAGUUUGUAGAAUAUAAUAAAUCACAGUUGAGUCGUAUCUAUCCUAAAGGAACCAGAGUCGACUCAUCCAACUUCAUGCCGCAACUCUUUUGGAACGCUGGCUGCCAACUGGUGGCUCUCAACUACCAAACUAUAGAUUUGUCCAUGCAGCUGAAUCUCUUCAUGUUCGAGUACAACGGUCGGAGUGGCUACAGACUGAAGCCGGAGUUCAUGAGACGUCCGGACAAACACUUUGACCCGUUCACAGAAAACACAGUGGAUGGUAUAGUUGCCAACACCCUCUCUGUGAAGGUGAUUUCAGGCCAGUUUCUGACUGAACGGCGGGUGGGUGUGUACGUGGAGGUGGACAUGUUUGGACUUCCUGCAGACACCAGGAGGAAAGCGCUGAAGACCAAAACCUCCCAGAACAACAACGCCGUCAACCCAGUGUGGGACGAAGAGCCGAUUGUCUUCAAAAAGGUGAUUCUUCCAACUCUGGCCUCUCUGAGGAUCGCUGCUUUUGAGGAAGGAGGGAAGUUUAUUGGUCAUCGGAUUAUUCCAGUUUCUGCCAUAAGACCAGGUUAUCGUUACAUCAGCUUGAGGAAUGAGAAAAACCAGUGUCUGAUUCUACCGGCUGUGUUUGUCCACAUCGUGGUCAAAGAUUACGUCCCAGACACCUUUGCAGAUGUGAUCGAGGCUUUGUCCAAUCCUAUCCGGUAUGUCAACCUCCUGGAGCAGAGGUCCAAACAGCUGGCGGCUCUGACUCUGGAGGACGUGGAGGAGGACACGCAGACUGAGGAUGAAGCAGACAGCUGUGUAGAGCGAAAGAACGACCUGAAAUCAGCUCCACUGGAGAACGGGCUUAGCCCCCCCUCCGGCCCUGCAGGCCAAACCCCCGUCGCCACCACGCCCAAAGCCUCUGCAGCCAAUCAGCAAGCAGCUACGACAGAGGCAGCAAAACCUGCAGCAAAGAGUGAAGAUCUGGUUUUAAGUGUUCUGAUAGACGUCCCAGUGUGCGCCAUAGAGAGUCUGCAGCAGUCGAAGGUUUACCAGAAGGAGCAGAGACGUCAGUUUAAAGAGCUGAAGGAGUUGGUGAGGAGGCACCAGAAGAAAACCUCCGAGCUCCUCCGGGAGUUCAACAACAAGUACAAGAAGGUGGCCAGACAGUGCAGCAAGAGCAGGGCUUCGCAUUCGGAGAGCGAGAAAGACCAGCGCCUCCAGCAGCUGAGAGACGAGCAGCAGCAGCAGCUUCUGGCUCUGAGGCAGGAACAGUACUACAGUCAGAAGUACCUUCAGAGAGAGCACAUUAAAAUGCUGACGGAGCGACUGAGCAGCUUGGCCGAGGAGAGUCACAACACCCAGAUGAAGAAACUCAAAGACAUCUGUGACAAGGAGAAAAAAGAGCUGAAGAGGCAGAUGGAUCGAAGGAGAACAGAGAAGAUCAACCAAGCGAAGACCAAAGAGAAACAUCUGGCUGAAGAGGAGAAGAUGGAGAUCAAUAAGUCCUACGUCAAUGAAGUCGUCCAGAACAUAAAACGGCUUGAGGAGACUCAGACAAAGCGCCAUGAUCAGCUGGUGGAGCAGCACAGUGAGCUCCUGCAGGAGAUACAGGACCUGAAACCAAAGCUGCAAGGAGCCGUGGAGGCCGAGUUUCAGGAGAAGUUCCAGUGUUUGCCCGGAGAGAUUCAAGACUUCCUGCAGGACAGGAAGACGGAGGUCAGAGGUCACAGCAAGUCCCGACCGUCGACCCCGCACGAACCUCUGUCAGAGGAGGACUGA